AUGGCCCCUCCGAAGGAAUCACCAGCCAACUCCCUAAUUACCUCUGGAGUGAAUACACGAAGCCGGAAAGGAAAAGAGAAAGUUCCUACCUUAACAGAUCCUUUCGCUCGUUCUGGAGCACUACCACGAUCUCCUCCACAACUAGAGGAGCAAGAACCACCGUCCUUAUCCGACGAAGACCCUGAUGAUUCCGACUUACCAGGACCACAUCCCUUACCUCAAUAUUCUGUUGCGGAAGCUUCCCAGCCCAUCCCCUCAGAUGCCUCGGUGCAACUCGAGCUACGCAAGCAGAUCUUGGAGCUCCAAGACGAAUUACGUCGACGGGAUGAAGCAGACCAAUUACGAAUGGCGGAAGGACCAUUUCCACCAAUCGUUCCUCCUGAAGAAACAGGACCACGCGCUAGGAAACACAGCUCCUUCCACCCCACUUCCGCAAGUGCGGGGCACGACCCGGAUUACCCCGAGAACCAGGCCAUCCCCUCAAUUGAAAAAACGCCUGCACCCGAUCCCCGCCGCCCCAUAUCAAUUCCCUUGUUAUCAAAACGGAAAGUUGAUUUCUCCGGUGGUCCAGGAAGAGAGACCCCGCAGGUUCAAGCUGUACGACAACAAUCAUUGCUAAAUCCCCCUGCCUCACAUUAUCCAGAGAGACGCAUCCCCAAUCUUUCAUCUAAACUCUCGGAUGGGAAGGCUCCUAAUAUCCGUAUACGUGCUUGGGAGAAGAUGAUCCUGGGCCACCUUCUCGAUUACCACCAUGAUUUCCGAUCAGAGAACGCACGCCGUACAUGGGUAUUCAAUCAGACCGAAGAUCGAGCCAUGACCCUGCUCGAAGGUAUUUACUUGGAUGAUGAUUACGAUGCAUAUGCACUAGUGGAUCAUGUCGUCGCUAUCCUUACAGACCCCGCUGAGGUUGCUACCGCCAAUAUUGAAUACAACGCUUUGCGUAUGUCUUCAAAAGAACACUUUUGGGAGUUCUAUAGUAGAUUUCGAGAUGUUGCUACUCGUGCUGCCAUUACUGACGAUGAACGAUUGAAGAACGAUCUCUUUGAUAAGACCCAAUAUCGUUUAGUACACGACAACAAACAAGAGUUCUAUCAAGCGCGUACAGUUGGAGAAUAUGCUAGAGCCCUACAGAACUCUGAUAUCGCACAACAACGACUUGAUGCCCGGCCCAAUUAUCAGAGGGCCAAAGCCCCAAUUCUUAGUACUCAGAACCCUGGAACCACGCUCCGCUCCGAUCAACAACAAUCCAGAACCUCCGGAUUCGUCCGUUCGCCUUCUGCUUCAUCGGCCGCCCGAGGUAAUCUCCCUCCGAAUGCUGUUCUGCCUAAGCAUGGCACAUUCAACACCCCUAAUAUCCAAUCCAAUCGACAACCUUCUGCCUCUCGCGAGACCAAUGUAGUAAGCUUCAACGAAGUCGAUGAGGUCGCCCUUCUUGAUGCCCAUGAGGACUAUAGUGAGAAAUAUGAAGAUGCAUUGGAUACAUUCACAAGCUCCGAGGAAGAUCUCCCUCGAUCAAAAAAGGUCAACCAUAAGCACUGUCUCGUUUAUGGGACUCAUAAAGGAUAUGUCAAGACUCGAUUUACGCACUCUUCUUGGAGGUGCCCAUAUCACAGUACCUAUUAUGUUGAUCACAAUGAUACCAUUGCUUUAGAAACAUUGGCCCCAACCAUUUCAUCAAAGCGAGGGAAUACCCACGAGAAGUCUUUAAAUAGAGAUAUUGUUCGAAUGAAUAAACUGUUGAAAAGCCCUGAGACUCCGCCUAAGCCCACUCAACCUUACCCUCGGAAACCACGUUUAACUUACCCUAUUUCGUCAUGGGAUACCCCUUCAGUAUUGGAUAUCGCUGCAAUCGAUGCACAUAUCUUUAAUCGAUAUCUUUUAAAAUCUACAGAAAAGGAUCAGUUAUUUACAUGUACCUAUCAUGAGGUUGAGGCCCUCCUCGAUCAACGCUAUGAGGAACAAGAUCGCCAUAAUGAACUUGCUACCUUCGAACAAGCCCUUAAACGCUCUUCCAAAGAACGUAGCACGAAAGCCUUAACCCUCCUAGCUAUGUUAGAACCCGAUGAACCUCCACUUCCUGAUAAAUAUCACGAAUUCGAAGAUGUUUUCAGCAAACAAGAGUCGGAUAUCCUACCACCUCAUCGCUCUUACGAUCAUUCGAUCAAAUUGGACGAUAGAGCUGAGGAAUCUUUAACCUAUUCUCCACUAUACAAGAUGUCUAUUGAAGAAUUAGAGGUUGUCAAAAGAUAUCUGACCGAUAAUCUAUCUAAAGGAUUCAUCGAGCCAAGCCAAGCUCCCUUCGCUGCUCCUGUCCUCUUCGUUAAGGAAUCUAAUGGAAGUUUAAGAUUUUGUAUCGAUUACCGCAAGCUCAAUGCUCUCACUCGCAAGGAUCGUUAUCCUCUCCCUUUAAUCGACGAGACCCUGGCGCGCCUCCAAGGUGCCAAAAUUUACACCAAGCUUGAUAUUCGCCAAGCUUUCCACUGCAUCCUUCUACCAUUUGGUCUUACCAAUGGUCCUGCCACCUACCAACGCUAUAUGAAUGAUAUUCUUUUCGAUUACCUCGAUGAUUUCUGUACAGCAUAUCUCGACGAUAUUCUCAUCUAUUCUGAGGAUCCCUCAGAACAUGAUACUCAUGUCCGUAAGGUCCUACAACGACUUCGAGAUGCUGGCCUUCAGGCAGACCUCAAGAAAUCCGAAUUCGAUGUCACCAAGACUAAUUACUUGGGAUUCAUCAUCUCUACUACAGGUAUUGAAGUUGAUCCUGAUAAGAUUGCCAUCGUGAAAGAGUGGCAAUACCCUUCCACUCUAAAAGGUGUAAAGGUCUAUACUGAUCAUAAAGCUUUGGAGUAUUUUAUGACCUCCAAACAAUUGAAUAGCCGACAAGCUCGUGUUGCCGAACUCCUUGCCGACUUCAAUUUCCUCAUCAUGUGUCGCCCUGGCAAAGAGAACCCUCUGGCUGACGCGCUUUCCCGCCGUGAGGAUGAUAUCCAAGCCACCAACCACCAAAAGAAGGAACAACGCGCUCAAUACCUUACCGCUAUGCGCAGAGAAGCUAUUCAUGCCUCUGAGGAUCCCAAUCGAAGAUCCCCACUCACUAUUGAGAAUGGUUUACUCCUUCAUAAGGGAAGAGUAGUUAUCCCCUUUGCUGACAAUCUACACACCUAUCUUAUCCGCGAAGUCCAUGCUCAACCUACCACUGCCCACCCAAAUGCCGAGAAAACCUCAUUACUCAUUUCCGAGCAUUAUUAUUGGAAAGGAUUUCGAGAUGAUUUUGCUAGAUACGUCAGGAAUUGCGAUCUAUGCCGACGUUCCAAAGUCCCGCGGGAUAAAAAGCCUGGACUCUUGAAGCCCCUUAGUAUUCCUCAACGCCCUUGGGAACAUAUCACAAUGGACUUCUGUAGCUUCAAUAAAGACAAGUAUGGAUAUGACAAUAUUCUGGUUGUUAUCGAUAGGCUCAGCAAGCAAGCUAUCUCUAUUCCUUGUACUAAGGAGUGCUCAGAGAAAGAAUUCGCCGAGCUAUUCAUAUAUCAUGUUUAUCGUUACUACGGUCCUCCUUCCUCAAUCCUAUCCGACAGAGAUACCCAAUUCGUCAGUCAAUUCUGGCAUGAGCUCUCUUCUAUCUUGAAAAUCAAGCUAGUACACUCUUCUACUGACCAUCCCGCUACUGAUGAGCAAACAGAGAUCUACAACCAAUACUUGCAGCGACGUCUUCGCCCAUUCGUGAAUUAUUAUCAAGAUAAUUGGUCAAAGUUGCUCCCAUUGAUGGAUUACGCUCAGCUCACUCUGCCUCAUGAUACCCUCAGCAAGAUGACCCCCUUUGAAGUGCUCUAUGGAUACAAGCCUCGCAUCGAUUGGGAUUGGAAAGAACAUAAUUCCAAUCCUACAGACAAAAUCAACGUUGAACAAGCCCACGAGUUCGCUACGCGUGCCCAUAAUGCUUGGGAUUUCGCCCGACAGCAAAUUCAGCGCGCUCAAGAUUGGAUGGCUGAACAGCACAAUAAACACCGCCGUACUCCCGGCUUUAGGGUAGGAGAUACAGUGUGGUUGGACUCCCGAUAUUAUAAGGCCCAGCGCCCCUCUCGGAAGUUGGAUUUCCCCAAUUCCGGGCCUUUCAAGAUUGUUGAACAGAUUGGUGAAUCAUAUCGCCUUGCCCUGCCUGCCUCUAUGCGCAUAUUCGACGUAUUUCCUCCCGAAAAGCUCCGAUUGGCAGCGGAAGGCCCACUUCCCGGCCAAGUUAAUCCCCCCGCCCCUCCAAUUGAUGUCACUGGAGAGGAAGAAUGGGAGGUGGAGGAGAUCUUAGCUUCGAAACUCAGGUACAAGAACAUUAUGUAUCAAGUUUCCUGGAAAGAUCAUCCGCUUGAUCCUACUUGGUAUCCAGCAGAUGAUCUCAAAUACUCUCCACAUAAACUUAAGGAAUUCCACAUUGCCAACCCUAAUAAGGCUGGACCACCCAAGGCCUUGCCUCGAUGGAUUGAAUGA